AUGUAUCGUGAACAAACUCUUGAACAAAAACUUGAAUAUCUUCAAAAUGUUUUACGUGAUGCACAACAAACAUCAGAUGAAAGUUGGCAAGCGAUUAUUAAUGAAGAUCGUCUUCUGGCACGUAUCAAUGCACUUGAAGAUCAAAUACGUAUCUAUCGUACUAAACAUCCAAACGAAGAUACGAUAAAACAAGAGUUAAUUCAAUUAACUCAAUCGAAUACAAAAUUUGAAGAAGCCUCGAAAAAAAAAUUAGAAGCAGCUUUAUUUGAAUGUGCCAAUGCAGUUACUCACAGUAAAUCUUUUGAAUCUUCAUUACAAUCAAUGCAAGAUGAACUAAAACGUUACGAAGAACUCAAUGAACAACAAAAACAAGAUACCGAACAACUUGUUCAAUCAGUUGAUGAACAACGUUCUAUAAUUUCGGAUUUCGAAAUUAAACUACGAGAUUCUGAAAAACGAUGUACCGAAUUAGACAGUGAAAUACAACGAAUACGAAGUAAUUUUGAUGAAUACUAUGAGCGAACACAUCAUUUAGAAGAACUACAACAGAAAUUGCUUCAGAAUGGAAUAAAUCACGUUCAAUGUCAAGAAGAAUCUUCUGCGAAAGAUUUAAAUAUUGAGAGGAAUAAUCCAGUUGAAAUUCCGAUUAUAAUAGAGAAUGGAGAUAGUGAAAAAUAUAAUCAUAUUAUGGGUCCAUCAAAUCAAAAUGAUUCAAUAUUAAACCAUAGUCAUGAACAAGAAUAUGAUAAUAUGAAUGGAGUUCUUUCAAUAAAUGGAUUAACAGAAGCAAAAAACCAAAUCGAUUUACUUCGCGAAAAUCUGAAUGAAACUAUGGAACGACUCGUUUCUACCGAAGAUUGUUUUCGAAGUGAACAAGAAUGUUGUCGUUCGUUGACUUCCCAAUGUGAAUCAGUAAAUCAUGAAUUAGUUGAACUGAAAAUUCGUCUCAAUAUAGAAAAGAAUGAUAAUAGUCAACUACUUCAAGAACAUCAAAAUAAACUUCAAAAUUUAUCAAAAUCCAGUUUAUCAAAACAAAAUAAACAUAAUCAACUGCUCAGCGUUUAUAUAUGUUUUUUUCUUUUUUGUUAUUUGCUAAUUUUUUUUCUUUUCUUUUUUCUUCUGUCAUGGUGA